AUGACUUUACAGGUUCGUCUCUACGCACUGCGCAUAAUGCGCUCAGCAUUACCUAGUUUGCUGUCUCCUGGUGACAAAACCGAAGACAUCUCGUUGGUAACUGUUGCUUUGGAUCGUUGCUUGGAAGCAGAGAACUUCAAGCAGUCUCCCACUACUCUUCGUGCUUUCCUCCUUAUUAUCCUCCAUAUGCACUGUGGUCGAAAAGACAUUUUCGGCUCAUCUUGGGCUGCCAAAAUAUCCCUCUACCACCUUCUUGGUCUUCUGCAUGUGAACCUUACGCCCUCUUGGACAGGGAUUAUCGCCGCAAUCGGCAGCUACGCCAACCCCAUUUUUUAUAGCGAAGCAGCGGACUCGGCCAUUCAGCCCGACGCUUUGUCAAGCAACCGCGGUCGUAAUCGAAAGCGACGUAAAUCAAAGGGUGCAACAGAAGCAUCCAGAGAACGUUCGCGUUCUCCUUUACCUGACGCGGUUUCGAUAGAAGAAGACCUUGCGGAGAAGAAGUCCACCGAACUUCACGAAUCCUGGAAGGCCGAAUGUCGUGAGCUUUUCUGGAAUACUCUGGUCGAAGAAGGCCUCAUAACACGUCAUUUUGCUGACGAGGAGAAUGAGAAUGAAGGAGCAACGUGUGACUUUGAUUCCCUCCCUAUAAGUCAAUCCUUCUUGAAUCUACUCACAGUGGUUCCUGACAAUGAGGCUGUUUCACUCACUUCAAUAUGUCCUGGAGGUUUAGCACCCGUGAAACUGUCUCCUAGGCGACUCGUUGAUUGGAAAAGCUAUAGGUUGAAUCUAUGGAAAAGCAUCGCUCCGAAGGGCGUCGGAAAUCGUAUCCAUCAACUUGUAGAUCUUUUCAUGACCUUUGUCAAUAAUGAAUUCUAUCCAUCACCAAGCAAAGGAAAUGAGGGGGUUUUAAUUUGUGCGCUUGAGCUGUUUUCACGUAUUCCAAAUAUUCGAUCGGUUAGAAAGUCGAACGCGUUUGAAACAACUCUACUGAAGCUCUUGACGAACAAGAGACCCAGUGUUCAACAGGCUGCCUUCGCAUGCUGGCUGAAUUUUGAAAAUUCGGGUCUAAAACCUUAUAAAGAGCAUUUUGAAAAGAUCCUUAACAUGUCCUCAUUCCGAGACGCCGUUCGUGUCUUUAAACUUGAUAGUACUGUGGUGGCCGAACAUCGUGGAGCCGUAGCACGUGUUCUAAUCAGAAUUCUCUACGGCCGCCUACAUCUUUCCAAGGAGAAUCUAGCUUCAGCUGUUUUUACUAACCUUGCUGGAUGCUCAGACGAUGAAUUAGCUCUUCUCUUAUCUCUCAUUGUGAAUUCAUUCUUUUCUGCCUUGGGAAUCAGUGAUCAAGCACAGGAUGACAUGUCUUAUUCUGAAAUAAAGAGAGCUGCUCGGCCGAAUUGGAGUCGUUUACAAGCAAUUUGUGACAUUGUCAACCAGUUGUUAUCCUACAUGGGCCAUCGAUUGGGGGGCAUUAGACGAGCAAAUAUUGAUUACGAUGACGAUGAUACCAAAAGCCUGGAGUUCCUGGAUGCUACAGCUCAUACCCCAAUUCUCUUUCGAAUCGCCAUCCUGAUGAUUUCUGCAGCCUGUUUGAGCAAGGAGACAAAAGAUACCCAAAAGGAGAGUGGUGAAACGAAGCAAGUCAGAACUCCUCACUCAAAACAGGUUAAAGUAGUCCGUAAAACGGGUGUUUCCAUUCUCCUGCAUCUUUAUUCAGCACCCGGAAUCAACCUCGACUCUUUCUGGACUCCAGAACGCAUCUCCUGUGUCCAAAGAGAGGUUUUGGAUACUCAUCCUCUUACAACAGACGCUGUUGCAUCCCCUGGCCACAUUGUACUCCGGUUGGCUUCCAUUUGGAGCCAGUCAGGUAGUCAGUAUCUUGUUGGGACUCUUUUCACUCCUGAACAACUCAAAUCUUUGAUCGAACUACUCCGUCGAGAGAAUUUAUCUAAAUCUGUGGCCAAAUUAAUCGUUGAGAUUGUAACGAAUCUUGUGUUCUCCGAAGAUAUUCGAGAAACUGGAAGACGGUUGCUUUAUCCUUAUCAUGCUGGAUUGAUUGAGUACCUCUACAAUCGAUUCUCGAACCUUAGGUCUCUGUCUACUUCACAGGCGAGGAAGAUGCUUAAAUCUAAUCAAUCCGAGUGGUUACAGCAGGAAUUCAAACUUCUUGGUUACUUGACUGUUCCUCAUGAAGUCUCCGCAGCUAUGCUCUCCGCUGAUCAGGCUAGUCGCUUAUUGACAGGCUUAAUUCCUUUCCUCGUGAAAGCUCUCUCACGACCAAGCAAUUUUGGCAGCGGCAAUACUCUUCUCUACGGUGCGGUGACUAAACGCGGUCGUAAAGCUAAAGACGGCCUCAACAUAUCUACUGUCGAGCGCUCCAAGCCCUCUGUCUCUGAGUCGGCCCUCGCUUCUGCGGAAAUCACUGAAUCCGAAGUGCUUCGUGUUCUCUGUCGUCUUAUUGAAACAACCUCAAACGUCGACCAACAUCUUAGGCAAGAUUACGAACCCCGUCUACUUAUUGCUAUCGAUUGGGCUAAAGUACUUGAAUUAUUCUCAACCGUGGAUUCUCGUAUCUCUCGAGCACUACUCUGUAGUGCUGCUGGCGCUGGAGCUAUGCGUGUGGCUAAUUCAAUUAAACCUUCAUCACCGGUUAAUGGACAAUUGCUUAGCUGUCUUGCCAAUAUAUACUCUCUUAAGUCGAUUCAAGGAGAAUGCUUGUUUUCAGCUGAGCUCUUUAAGACCCUGCAGGUGGUUAGGAAUCAGCAUGUUGAUCAAAGCUCUGUUUCUCCUGGAGCUGAGUCUGAAAAUUGCAUUGUCUACAAACUUCUCUGCAUGCUAAAUUCUUGGAGUAAAAGUCAUUUGGACAUGGUAGACGCAACGCAACGAGAAUCCGCCUUGUGUGCUCUGAUGGAACUCUGCAACCUUCCUAUGGAGAAUUACACCAAGGAGCAUCGUCUCAAUUACUUCAUCAAUCUCGCUGGCGCUUACUCAGCUCUCUAUUCCCUUCAAUCGGCUGAAAUCCAGUUGAGAGACCUUGCUCUGGAUUAUCUCAUCCAUUUGGCUGAAAUUCUUGCCGCGGGACUCAAGUGCACACCUAGCGCUGAAAACGGUCUCACAAAGGAGGCGGCUAAUGCGAGAAAGAAGGCCUACACAAAAUUGGUCAAUGAAAUCUUUGUUCAGGCUCUCUGGCCAGGACUUGUCCGAGGAAUAAAGCAAUCUGCGGGUCCUAGGCGUCUGCACUUCUUGCGUCUUUUGUCGGGUCUGGUGAGAAUAUUUGGAUCAGCACAUCCCUUCUUCGCUCCACUCGCUCUUUUGGCCGACUUCAGUACUUCAAAAGGUGAUGAUCAAAAUCCCACUUGCUUCUACAUUAACAUCCAAAGUGGCACAUCGAGUCGUCAACUCUAUGCCAUCCGUCGAUUGACCCUUUUUCUUGCCAAUCCUCUGACAAUCGCUUCAAAGAAAGCCAUUUCAGCCUGUACAAGUGGUGGGGAGGAAGAGACAUCUACUACCAAAUUCCCUAUUCCACUGUCACACCUUCGUGGUGUUUUCCUUCCUAUUAUCUUAUUCUUUCUGCGUCAAGAAGUAAUGGCUGAGAUAUCUGGAACUGGAAGCCUUGGUCAAGAGUCGAGAAAACUUGUCUCCGCUUGCCUAGAGGCUAUUAGGGCACUUGCCUUUCGACUUGAUUGGGUUCCCUACAGAGAACUUCUCAAUUCGUCGCUCUCUAAUCUGGAAUUGGAAUCGUUUGUGGCGUUAAAGUACACUCUAGCUAUCUUGGACGCUUAUCAACCCAAGGAGGAAGCCGUACCAUAUAUGCUUACUGUUGUCGCCAAACUUCAAAACCAUAUUGUUCCUCCUCAAAAGAUGCAUAACACCUCUGCUCCCAAGUCAUCGUUUACCUAUCUUCGAACAAAUGCUGUUGUCGCACUAGUAACCCUUCUAAAACGCCUCCCAAAGGGACAUUUGGAAUCGAGGCUACAUCAUCUCAUCCUCAAAGUAAUUGAUCUUCUCAGGCCGGCUAAGAAACUUCCCUCGCAUGCUCGACGAGAAGCUGUAAAAGCGCUCUCCAAAGUUGCAAUUAUGAUUGGACCCGGAAGAGCUUUAGACGGACUUUUCUCUAGUUUGGCCAGAGAACUAUCAAGGGGCUAUACUGCAAUGACAAUUCGACUUUCAGCGCUGCAUACUAUCUUUAAUGAUUUUGUCGCCGCAGUAGACAAAGGGGAGGUGAAGGCUGGCGGAAAUCUGGACAAUGUUUGCCAUGUCCUGAUGCGGCUAUAUCUGGAUGAAGUUGCGGGUCAGUUAGCAGGAGAAAUAGAUUCCAGAUGGGAAGCUUUCCAUAAGGGAUCUUCCACCGAUGCGACGAGGUCUGGAAAAUUACCUUUUAGAGGUGACGGCGUAUCACAGGGGGUUGAUCUUCCUGAGGCUAAUGGUGGACCUAAAGCUCCUGAAGGACUCCCCGCCUUAAUGAGAUUCUGCUCCCCGCCUAUGUUGAGACGUAUAUUUAAGGAUCUCAGAACUGCAGCCGGUCUAGUUGCUUCAGGGAGAAUCAUCUCAAAUGAGAGUCUCCAGCAGGGUGCAGAGGAUUCUGAUGGUGUUAAAUCAGACGGUAAGCUGACCGGUUUCUUGCGUUUCCGAAAGAGAGCUCUAACUCGACUCCAGGCCGUGUUUAAUCGUAUCCCCACUCGUCAUGGUUUUCUCCAUCCCAAAAUGACACUUGAAGCUACAAUUCUUGGUAGAAUUGCUCUUGAUUUAUUCGAUAUCAACGAUAAAUCUGCCCCUGCAACAGAGACGGAACCGCACCAGCCUGGUGUUAAAAGAGGCUUAGCUGCGCUCUACAGACCAGGGUGGAGUAAAGCCAGCACGUGUCUUCUUGAGAAGAGACAAGAUUGUCGAUUAGUUUUACCAGAACCCAAACUGUCUACCCAUAAUCCACAUACCACUCAGACUGAUAAAGCACAUACCAACAUGCUUGCUGCUUGUGGCUUGCAUUCUAUUGUUGGUCUAAUUAAACAAGGGCGUCUAGCACCUGCCACGAAUCAGGAGGACGCUCAAUUGCUAUCCGAUUCCAUCCCCGCUACUUUGAACACUCUUUUGACUUGCAAUAGUUUAACUGUUCUGGCGGGAGCCGUGCGUUGUGUAAAGAUCUUUAUGCACUUGAAAUUGGAGAAAUUCGAUGAGAAUCUCUCCCAAGUAGCUGGAGCUUUGUUUGGACUUGUUGACAAGCAUGCGGGUCUGCUAACCUCCCGCGCCACGGCAAAAGAUGCGGCUGCACAAUCAUUUGCUCAUGGUCUCUUUGUCACUCUAGCUGCACUCAUUCAACAUCAGAAGAGUUACAACCUCACUAAUCUCCAACUGUCAACUCUGUUCAGCACAAUUGAGACAGAAGUGGUGGGCAAUGCACCCACUUCACCGGUUCUCUCACUUCUUGUCGCUUUUCUCUCUCGGAGAUUACGUGAUUCUCAUGCUAAAGACGAUGAUGAAGCCAAUAGUCUUAUUUCAUUCAAUUCGAAUGACGAUUUUGGUGUUAAAGAUCGGGUUAUGGAUAAAGGUUUGGUUGUGAGCAAGGUGACUGACAAGGAUUUUUCAUUCGCGGGUGCAGGUGGUGGCCAGCGUUUAUCAAAUGUCAUGCUGCGUAUUCAGAGACUUGUAGUGCUGUCUACUAGCGAAAUUGUGCGUAGAGACUGUAGACGAUGUCUUCUUGCUUAUCUCCUGAAUUACCCACAUCAAAGACGCUUUGUGGAAGCAUUUAUGCGGUUCUUACUGCGUCAGCUUGAGCAUCAAAAAGAAACUGGACGGUCAUCAGUGGCAGCUCUACUCACAAUGAUUUUAUCGGAAAUUCCGCAGUCAGCUCUCACGCAAAAUGGAUUGGAGGAGACCAUUCUGUUGUAUGUUUGCGCGGCUGUAGAAAGAGAGUCUUCUCUGAAUGUCAGAUUAUCGCUUUAUGGUCUAGUGAGAUUGCUGUUUGCUAGGAUUCCGGCGGAUAAAGCUGUUGCACACUUUGAACAACACUUCUUGGCUUACCUCAAAGCUCCGAUUGAAAGCAGAGCAUCAGCCAGGAUCCUUGGUCUCCAGAUGGUUACCGUGGUCUUAGAUGCUCAAGAGUGUCUUUCAAUGGACAAGUAUCGUCAGGUGUUGCUAACUAUUCUCGGAAAUGUUAUCUUUCCCGAUACACGCACGGAACUGACCAAACUUCGAUUGUCACAUGCCCAUCUAUUCAAGCUCUCUGCCAAACAAAAGAACAACAAAAGUCGUUCUGUCCAACCUCAAAACACUACUAUCGGAGGAAAUGACGAAGAAGAUGAUGGUUGGCUGGAUGCAGAAGAAUUAGAUGUCUCCCAAAACCUCCAGAGUCAUCUUUACGUCGAUGAUGACGAAGACUUCGACGAAGACGAAAUCUUCAGUGACGUUGAAGAAGAUGAUCAGAUGCCUAAGAACAAAAGUCAGGAUGACGAUGAGUCCAACAAAGAAUCCAUGGAGGAAGACAUUGAUGUAGAUGUAGAACUCAUUAAACCUGAGCAAAUCUCCGCAGAGACCCUGAAGAUAGUAGAGUCUCGUAUAAAUAUUUUAAACCCCACGGAAACCACUACCCCUACUUUCGCACCAGCUAAAUCUGCCCCAGAAUUACAUUUCGCAUUUAUCAGCUGUGGUCUGGAACUCGGACUUCGAUUGGCCGAUCGGCUGCUAGAUGGCGUUGAACCAUCAGUUAUAACAUCAACUCUGUGUACUCCAAUUUGGAGGGCUCUGCUCAAAGUAGAGCGUAAAAAGAGUACCCCGAGGGAGGAGGUGUUCGCAACUCUUCUCCAGACAAAUGAACAGGAUAAUGAUGAGAAUAUAUCCGAUAGAUCAGUUCUUCUAGCUCCUGUUCUUUCUGCCAGAGAAUGGGCUGCUAGAAUGACCAAUCGUUUGCUAAAGACAGAAUUACAUAAUCAAAGAGAGUUGAAGACUAGUCUCGAGUUUGAAUCAGCUUUCUUUACCAAAUCCAAAUCGAUUGUUACCAGGUUGACAGCAAUUUUGAAUGACUCUCUAAAUCAAUUGGAAACUGAUUCCGAGCAGAUGUCCGAGGACUACUCUAAUGCCGUGCUAUCGAAUCUGAUCUGCCUUGGUCAAUUCCUCGAUGCUCUUGGGGCAGUUAAACAAGUUCUCAAGAUUUUCAAGACAGCUAACCGUCUGUCUUUAGAUGAAUUGAAUAACCAUAAGUCAUCAUUCAGCCGUCGUAUCAUUGGUCUCAAAGUGACUGUUGGUUUACUGCUCAGAUUGCCCAGACCAAGUCGCGAAGAGAUUGUCCGCCUCAUGGCGGAUAAAAAGAGAAAGCGCGUUGAGGAUGAAAAUGAAGAAGAUGUGACCAGUUCUACUAGUGCUAGUAUUCUUUAUCUUCGUUCUGCUUUGCGUCUACUUGCAAGGGAAUCCAAACAAAAGGAGAGGUUGGCCUUUAUCGCUACUGCUAGCGUCGCGUUACCAGAGGAAGGUGUCAGUACUACCCAAGGCAUCGGUGGAGAAUCAUCGGCAAUGGUUCGAAAGAUCGCCUCUCGACUAGACAAGGCUGAUUCCAAGAGAGCUAAAGCUCGAAGACGGAAGGCUCAAGCGAAGAUCCGCAGAGCACUUUUCUCUGGAGAAUUGACAGCACACGAGGCUGCCCAACGACUUGCCAAUAUUUCAAUGGUUGAAAUUUCUGCGGCGGACAAUUUGAUCAAUCUCAUCGAGUCGACAGACACUCGACUGACGAAGGAACUGAUGAAUGGUGCGGCGGGAGGUAUGUCGGUGCUAUAUGCAUGGUCCACUCGGGGGCUAGCAAGGAAACGAGAGAAUAUGAAGUCUAAUAAGGCUGUCAGACUAGCGGUGGGGUUGAAACCGACGGAGGAAACAGUUGACUCAACUUUACAGCCUCCAAGAAAGAAGAUGAAGAGGGCGCGUGUGUAA